AUGGUCAACUUCAGCUCCGUUUUCGAGCGCAUCAAGCGUCUCGAUGUCCAAUACAACAAGCCAACUAAAGAGAUCCGGGGACGAGACACCAUCCUCCCCAUCACUCUUACUUCCAUCUUCAUCUUCUUCAUGUGGGGCCUCGCCUAUGGCUUGCUCGACAUCAUGAACUACCACGUCAAGGUAGCCAUGGGCAUCGGCAGGCAAAAGGCCGCCAUCUUGGCUGCCGGGUACUAUAGUGCCUACAUCCCUGGUGCACUUUUGAUCGGUGGCCCCCUGGUGAAGAAGGGAGGCUAUCGAAUUGCCAUGACGACGGGUCUGGGUGUUCUUGCACUGGGCAACGAGUUCAUGUCUAUCGGCGCAAGUCGUUGCAGUCUUGCGGGCAUGGUGGCUGCUCACUUCGUCAUCGGCUUGGGUGUUUCGACCUUGGAGCGUUCGGCGAAUCCUUAUGCUGUCAACUGUGGUCCACGCAGGCAAGCCGCUCUGCGAAUCUUGAUGGCGCAAGCCUGGGCCGGUAUCGGCACCGUCGUGGCUCCAUUCCUGGCCAACGCGUUCGUCUUCAAUCCCGACACCUCUACAGCACGCCCAGACCCCGACCCACUUCACCCCGGUAGAUGCCAGAUGCCCACGAUGAAGACCGCUUCCUGCUCUAACUUGGGCACCGUAAUCACGUUUUACCGUGCUCUGGGCGCCUGCGUCUUCGCGCUGAUGAUCUUCGUGGCAGUCCUCUUCUUCCGCACCAGCUGGUUUCCUGAGGUCGAAGUUCCCAUCUCCGCACAAGUGGACUGUGGAUGGAAGAAGUGGAAGCACCCGCUGGUCUCCAGGCGCUUUGCUCGCAUCUGGUGGGGUGUCGCAGCGAACUUCGUCAAUCUCGGCUGCCAGGUGACUUUUGCCCAAUUCUUCAUUGAGCAUAUGAAGGUCAACGCCUGCGCCAGUGACAGAUGGGCGGCGUACUACAUGUCCCUUGCGCAGACCGCAUUUGUGAUCGGUCGCUUUGCUGCCGCAGGGCUAGUCACCAUGCCGAGGAUCUUCAAGCCCCGGUACGUCCUGAUGUGCUUCAUGGCCGGCGCAGUCGCGACCACUGCCGCCGGAACAGAAAUCACAGCUACGGCAGCCAUUGCGGUAGCCAUCAUGGUCAUGUUCUUCGAGGCACCUUCGUUCCCGAUGAUUUUCGAAAGCGCCACGGCCAGUUUCGAAGAGUGGACUCCGACCUGCGAGACCAUGAUGAUUGUCAGUAUUUCGGGCGGUGCGUUGCAGCCCGCCUUGAUGGGCCAACUCGUGGAAUCCGUGCGCAUCUCCCACGCUUGGUGGUUGACUGCGUCGUGCUUUUUGCUUGUGUUUACGUACCCGGUCGCGACCAAUUUGAUCCCGUCAUUCAGAAGGGCCCUGGACAAGGCAGAGAUUGGCCCCGACGCAGUCGACCAAGUGGGUGCGGACGAAGAGAACGGCCUCCAGAGAUCGUCGACCUCCAAGGAACACUUCGCCGUCAGGAUCGUCGAGAAGGUCACUUUCAGGAGGAAGAAGUCAGACGAGACCGGCUCCACUACUCCCUAG